UCAAAAUCUAAUUGUCAGUUUCGAAAUUGUUAAGGAAUUUGAUUUUACCGUUUUUCUGUUUAUAUUAAUUGUUAUUGAUAAUGGAUCGAUAAAGGUUGAUUUUUCUUGUAUAGCAUAUAAUUAUUUGCUUAUAAUUUGUUAGUUUUGUACCUUGUGUACAGUUCAAAUACUGAUUGAUUAAGUAAAAAGUGUUUUAUGCAAUGGCGACGUUGGAAGACGAAAUAAGGGAUUUGAAAGACAAAAAUAAUGAAUUGGUACAAAAGGUGCAGUUCUGGAAGUUGGCUGCAGCCAAGAAAGAAGAUGAGAAGCUGACACUUAUGAAAGAGGUCAACGAAUUGAGACUAAAAUUGAGCAUGCUCAGGAACCAUGGUUCAACCAAAGCAAAGAACCUGGACAGUGCUUUGCAACAAGCAAGUGAGAAAGCCAUCGCACAUCUGGUUAAUGCGUCUGCGGAGAUUGCCAAAAGUAUGGAGAUAGCUAAAGCUUAUAUGAGGGAACGAGAAGAGUUAGAGGAACAGCUGCCUCGCUGGAGCACUCUUGGUGGGACACCGAGAGCGGAGAAUACGGAGAGAGUGCAUAGAGUUGCACCAAUGAUGAUGGAAGGGCGCUGUGUUCAGCCUGUAGUUGAACUUAACAGGACCAUCUUGCUAAGAGGUGGAUCAGGAUCUGGAGAUACUACUGAGAGGGCAGUGCCUUUACGUAUGUUGCAAGAUGUCUACAUUCCAUUGACUAGGAUUGACAUAUCAGACUUUGCUCACCCGAAUGUGGAGGUGGAGUCUAACAUGGACACGGGUAAUGAGGAGUACAUGGAAGGGUACGGACCGCCAGGAGUUCCAGUGCCAAUACACAGGGGACAGCGACGCCGUGACCGUCGUGACCGCAGAGACCGCAGGGAUCGUAGAGAACGCACGGGAGACCGCUCAGGGGAACAGUAUGAGCAACCCUCGGAGCAGCACUAUGAAGAACAUGCCCAACAACAUGCAGAACAUGAAGAACAACAGGAACAACACUAUGAAGGACAACAACAACAGCUUUAUGAUGCUCAAGAGGAACAACACUAUGAGGAAGAGCCAGAACAACACUACGAUGAUCAGAACUUGGACUCCAGCGGCGAGCCAAUGUCAGAAGGAAAUGACUAUGCUAUUAAAUUGGAGCCAGAGAGUGAGGAAGAAAGGGCGGUCAUGGAAGAAACACAGAGGAUAGGCAUGCAGUUACGAGACGACAGUUGGAAUCAGCAAGGAUUUGAGACGAUUGAGGAGUCUCCGGAAGAGGCUCACCAGGCUUCAAUGAACAGCACCGUAUACGACAAUCCACUGGAAGGUCCCAGCUGGUUACUGGACCGCACCCCCCCUACUGCUCGCACCCCUACAAGUGCUUCGCAUACUCCUGCUAACCGCCAUGAAUCUACACCAAGGAGUGGGAAGAACUUCACACCGGACUCCACAACGGAGAGGAAUAAGACACCCAGUACAUCCACCAGGAACAAUGAUGAAAAUGUACCACCGGAGCCGAGCCCGGUAACAUUCUCCCCGACGGUGCGGCGCCGCAAGCGCACGUCGUCCCCGCCGGCCGCGGCCACGCCGCGCACCCCGCACUACUCGCCGCGACCGCUAUCCUCGCGACGGAACAGUCGGAACAGUUUGAAUGGACGAGUACUGAAGGUACUAGUGGCCAAGUUGCGGCUGGACGGCAGUCCGGUGUCCCAGUCCCCGGCGAAGCAGGCCCGGCCGUCCCGCACGCUGCCCCCAUUCGACGCACCCAGCCCCAACGGGGCUACCGACUCCAGAGUUAUUGUGUCGGAAGCUAGAAGCAUAGACCAGGAAGUGCCGGAGUCGGUGCGGGACGCGUCGCUCGGCAGGGGGCGCCACAGUCGGGACCUCGACGAACGCAGGCUGCUCAUGCAUUCCAGGGACAGCAGGGACAGCUCCAGCCACCACCUGAGCCGGGUGGGCAGCCAGGACAGCCGCGACAGUGGCCAGAGCAGCCUGCGGGGCCGCCUGGACAGCCGCGCCAGCCACGAAAGCGAUAGCAGCAGCGGCGGGCCCGGGGGGACCGUCUGCGAGGGACGCACGCGGCGGCCCAGGAAGGCCAUCACUUACAAGGAGAAACCUUUGAAUAGGAAAUUACGAAGAUGAUCUCUAUACUUCCGGAGAGCGAAGCGUACUUAAUUAUUGAUGGCUUUAAUAGUUGUUAUUAUUUUAUAGUUGUUUAUCGUUUGCGAGACUGGAUCUCAGGUACAAUGGACUAUGGGUUAGUUGCCUGUUCAAUGUUUAUCAAUGUUUUUAAAGUUAUCAUGUUUAUGAAAGACUUGUUUUGUUGGUCGGCUUCACAGUUUGGAGCCAAUAGUACUGAUGUCACUCGUCAAAUGUGUGUUUGGAUAAUGUUGAUAGUUGAUGGUGCUUUUUUGGAGAGCAGAAAAUCAUCCAAUGUCUCCUCCCACCUUGCGUGACUGUCAGACUCUUACUGACUUUCAAAGGAAGGAGGAAGUUGUAAAAGAACUCUUUAUUAAGCAAUUUGGAUUUCAGUAUUAGAUGUUACAAUUACAAUGACCGAUGGGUCAUAAGUAAUAACAAAAUUGAUAAUCAAAAGUCGCUCAUAAUCUAGAUUUCGUUUGAGACCGGCCAACUGCCAUCACCUAAUUAAACGACAAAUGUUUGGUUAACACAUUGGCUUCAAAGUGUGUAAGUUGGGUUGAUGUAGCAGCCCUCUCAUUGUUGGUAGCAAUUACAUAGUAAAAAAUAUGUGUCUAAUUAUGCAUUUCCAUAUAAAACCCGAUAGGUACCUAAAUAAUAAAUAUGUAACCAAUUUAUGUGAUUUAGACUCUGUAGACAAAUAAAUAUUCUAGUAUUAAUGUUAGUUGGUAUUUAUUUAUUUUGUGUAUAGUAUAAUAAUUAUCAUGAGACAUAUUAAAUUUAAUUGAUAUUUAUAGCUUAUGUAAACUAUUCGAGGAUGUUCCGACUACUUUCAAGCUACACCGGGGCUUAUGUUAUAUAGCCGAGUGCGCGACGGACAAACUCAUGUUUCUAGCUUAAGAGCUCCGGUUUGGCUUGAAACUAGUUGAGUAUCCUUGAAUAAUUAACAUGAAGAAACUGUAAAUAUUAAUUAAAUUUUAAAUUGAUUAUUAAUUAGACUAUUAUUAAAUUGAUGUAUUUCUGUCUGUUAUCUUAAUAAGCAAUUAGAAAUUGCUAAUUCAAUACUUUUAAAGUAAUUUACUAGGAAAUACGUAACAAUGUAACAUCGCGCUUUUUAGUCCCUGAACGGGUAGGCAGUAUACUAAAUGUUAUGUAGUUAUUGUACGAAAAUAUUGCCAUUUAUUUCCCAUCGAUAUAUCCAAUUGUAAGUUCGGAAUCGAACCUAAUACACUGGAUGUUAAAAAAUAAAUCAAAGAAAUACUUUUUAGAAAUCAGUUUUAGAUCUAUUGAUAUAAUAAUAACUUAUAUUAAUGUAUACUUAGGGACUUACUUGUUGAUGUUUUUAAUCUUUGAUGUGUAUAAAUUACUCAUCUCCCGUAGAAUAUUUAAUUUAAUUGUUGUAUAAAUACAUUAUUUGUUAGCUCUACAUGAUAGUUAUCCAUGACGUUAUAAUCGUUAUUAGAAUAUUUAAAAUUAGUCAAUAUAAUAUACAAAUAGCAUAAAUAAUAAUUUCUAAUACCAUAGAAAUUGAAAUCUGUCACUUUUCGUCACAUUUUAUUGUUAGACUCAUAUAAAUCAUAUAGCAACCCUGUCUUCAAAAUAACAUUCCACCAGAGAUGUGCUAUGUAGCUAUGCUACGAAGGUGUAAUAGCUAAGCUGUGAAACUAUUUGACCGUUUCCAAUGAUACUAAGCUAUGUAGCUGUGCGAGAAAGAUGCGCAACUCAUAAUUGAGCCCAAUAAAAGUUAGAAACCACAGUCAGACCUCCAGGUAGUAUGAUCCUUAUAUACUUCUUUAGCUUUCUCCACAUUUAGGUAUACCGUAGGUGUUUAACGUAAAUUUAUUAAUCUUUGACUAGGGGAAUAUUGUCAUUUUAGUUGGCCAUUACAAACGUGCGAACUAUCAUAAGUCGUUUUUAUCAGUAUCUUAUAUCUUUAGUAUGAGUUUGCUUUACUUACGUAUUAAGGUUACAGAUUUCUGAUCACUCUUAUCCCAUUCCCGUGACGUGACAGUUCGUUCGUUUAUAAUGGCCCAUCUAUCUUUCAUGUGUAAACCAAAUAAAAAUAAAUCUCUACGGCAAAUUAAAAUCCCUAAAACAGUGUAAAUUAGAAGAAUCAAGGUACGAAAUUAACAAAGGAACAAAGCAACUGUUUUAUUUACGUCCCAUACUGGUCCGAUUUAAACAAUUAUUUUUGUGUUGGAUAGUGCAUUUACCGAGGAAGACUAUAGACUAUAAACAUUACGCUAUGAUGAAUAGGAGGCGAGCAGAGCGAGUGAAAUCACGCAGAAAUAGCUAAUAGUGAGAUAUUGGUAGCAGGUACGCAAUUUUAUGUUCACUUUUAUGUUUCUCAUUUUCCAUAAUCACUAGUAUAAUGUCAGGUCAGCAUAAAUAUUCCCGUUAAACGUAGAAAACAUCACAUUAACUAUAUUAUGGACUUACAAAUUUUGCAUUUAAAUUACGAUAACACCUAAAUCACUGUGUAGGACACUUAGUUGAGGUCCUGGCUCCACUAGACUGGAACCGCGGCGGUUUUUAACCGCGUAAUUUUGUGAGACAAGAAAACCGAAUACAAACACAUACGGAUUUAUCCCGCGACUGAUUUUAAUUAUUAAAUGAGCUGUUACUCCUUUAAAAACCGCUGCGGUUUCGCGAUAGUGCGGCCGGCGCCUUACGAAGGAUUUUAUCCUUUAUCCGUUUUUACGCGAUGAUAAAGGUAAUAAAUAGUAAGUACUUCAGUGAAUCAUAACAAGGUCCCACCUAUUGUGAUUAUUGUAAUGAAAAAUAGUUAUGAAGGUAAAUACAUCACAAUCAUCCGUAUACAGAUGCUGACAUACUACUACUGAUCUGAAUAAGGACUGAUAAGCAUAAGUUUACUGUACCUAUGUGACGUUUCAAUAAAUUAUCAAAUAUAUUA